ACUGAGUAUCAGUUUCAGUUUAGAAGUUGUGCAAGUUAUUUCAAAAUGAUUGGUCUUUUCUGUGUGGGUGCUAUUUUCCUGCUUUUAUACUACAUUUUAUUUUUGAAUCACAACUACUUUGGGAAGAGAGGUGUUCCCCAUCAUAAGGCUGUUCCAAUAUUGGGUAACGCGGCUCCAUACGUGCUUCAAAAAAGACACAUUUCCGAAGUGCUGCAGGAGUUAUGUGAUGCAUUUCCAAAGCAUGGUUUCUUCGGAUAUUUUGACUUUUGGUGUCCGGUGUACAUGGUGAAAGAUGUUGAACUUGUGAAAAAGAUCUGUAUCAAAGAUUUCAACCACUUUGUAAACCAUCGAACGCAGUUUAGUGCAGAACACGAUCCGUUAUUUGCAAACAGUUUAUUCUCAAUGAAUGAUUCAAGAUGGAGAAACAUGCGUUCUGUGCUGAGUCCGGCUUUUACGGGAACUUGGAACGAUGACGACCUUGCUGCUCAAUGCACUGUCUUUUUGUUCGCUGGAUUCGAAACUGUUGCCACGCUGACCUCUUUCAUGGCCCAUGAACUGGCCAUCAAUUCUACAGUCCAGGCAAAACUUCGGGCGGAAGUUGACGCUACCCGAGCUAAACUCAACGGUCGCCGGCCCACCUAUGAGAUCAUCCAGGAGAUGACAUAUCUGGACAUGGUUGUGACGGAAACGCUGCGCAAAUGGCCACCGGUUCCGUUCCUAGAUCGGCGAUGCACGAAGCCAUAUUUGCUAGAGGACUUGGAUGGUUCAUCAGUGCAACUUCAACCCGGAGACAGCAUCUGGAUCCCGACAACUGCAAUUAUGCGAAAUCCAAAAUAUUUUCCCCAACCUGAAAAGUUUGAUCCGGAAAGAUUUAGUGUAGAGAACCGGGGUACCAUUGAUCCAAAUGCGUUUAUAAGUUUUGGUGUUGGUCCCAGGAAUUGUAUUGGAUCGAGAUUUGCCCUAAUGGAGACCAAGACAACAUUCUUCUACUUGCUUUCUAGAUUUACUAUCGAAAGUGGACCGAAAACUCAGCACCCACUUGAAAUUAAAACAAGCUCGAUCACAAUGCAAGCCAAAAAUGGAUUCUGGGUAAGGUUCCGGAAGAGGUCCUAGAGGUUCUCGUUAGCUAACCAAUUACUUCGGUGAUUCUUGUCCUUCUUUAUGUGACUCAAGAAGAAAGAAAAACAGCAAAUAAAACAAUUCAACAACAAGA